GUUAGUUUGUCGGUCAGUUGAUGUCGGUCAAUCGUACGAUUCGUGUCGGUCAUCCUAUUCGUAAAAAAAUAGUCAUUGAAUCGCAGUAGAAAAAAAAAGUUACCGAGUCUUUGUCUAUCUACUUUUUGGUGGAAAAAAAUUUGGAAGGCGCACGUGUCCCGACUGAGCGUCGAUACGAAUGGCCGAGAGCCGCAGGAGCUACACGUACGAUCCGGUGGGCACCGGCGAGCCUUACAGGAUGGAGUCCGGCCAGCUGUGGAGGCAGUACCUCAUCGGCGCGAUCGCGAACAUCGCGAUCCUGUGCACAGGCUACAGCAUGGGAUGGACGGCCCCCAUCAACAUCAAGCUGCAGAACAACGACACCUCGCAGUCGCCCCUCGAUCAUAAACCCUCCAAUGGUGAGAUCGCGUGGAUGGGGUCCGUGCUCAACUUCGGCGCUAUCGUUGGUCCGUUCAUCGGUGGGUUCGCCGCCUCCACCAUCGGCAGGAAGUGGGGGUUGAUGUCUUCCACCAUCCCCCUGCUGGUGGGCUGGAUCCUGGCGGCCGUGGCUACCAACAUGGCGUUCCUGUACGCUGGCAGGAUAUUCUGGGGCAUCGCAGUCGGCAUGCUCUUCACCAUAUCGCCCAUGUAUUGCGCGGAAAUUGCCACCGUGGAGUCUCGCGGGGCGCUGGGGUCGUUCCUGCAGUCAUUCAUCACGGUGGGGUUCUUGCUGGUGUACGGCGCGGGCCCCUUCAUCUCGUACCAUGGGGUCGCGUACCUCGGCAUGGCUGUGGUGGUUCUGUUCGCGGUCUCCUUCUUCUUCAUGCCGGAGUCCCCCACAUACCAUCUGUUGAAAGAUAGAACAGAGGAUGCAGCUCAAUGUCUGAUGACCAUCCGUGGUCGUUCCCGGCAGGGUGUGGCUGAAGAACUGGCGACCAUGAAGGCUGAUGUCCUCGCAUCUAUGGAGAAGAAAGCCACGCUUCGCGACGUAUUCCGCGGCAGCAACUUCAAGGCGUUCUACAUCUCCUGCGCGCUGGUGUUCUUCCAGCAGUUCAGUGGCAUCAACGCCGUGCUGUUCUACAUGACGGACAUCUUCAAGGCUUCCGGCACUGACCUGGACCCCUCCAUCGCUACCAUCAUCAUUGGUGCUGUGCAGCUGAUCGCGUCAUUCAUCACCCCUUUCGUGGUGGAUCGUCUGGGUCGACGCAUCCUUCUGCUGAUAUCCUCCUGCGGGACUGCUAUUGGACUUGCUCUACUAGGCAUGUUCUUCUUACUGCGACACGUGGGCAGCCCAGCCGUGGCCAACAUGGGCGUGCUGCCCGUGAUCGCGCUGGUGCUGUUCAUAGUGACGUACUGCUGGGGUCUGGGCCCGCUGCCGUGGGCGGUCAUGGGCGAACUGUUCCCCAUAGAGGUGAAGGCGGCCGCCGCGCCUCCAGCCACCGCCUUCUGCUGGAUCCUGUCCUUCCUUAUCACCAAGUUCUUCCCCACGAUCAGCGGCAACAUCGGCAUGCACGUCGGCUUCUUCAUCUUCUGCGCGUGUUGCGUCGCCGCAUUCUUCUUCACCCUGUUCAUAGUCCCGGAGACCAAGGGCAAGAGCUUGCAGGAGAUACAGCAGUUGCUCGGCGCCAAGAACACAGAACCCGAAAAGGCGUAAAUUGAAUAAAAUUUCAGUGCAGAGCAGAAAACGAAUUUUGUAACAUUAGUUCCAUAAGUUUAGAUUAUCGACUUAUUUAAUAAUUAUACUUUAUUUAAUGAUUAGAUAAUAUUUAAUUUAUAAUAAAAUCAUUAUUAUUUUGUUUAUUACCAUUAAUAAAUAAUUAAUUUUUAUUUUGUGAAACUAGUGAGGAUCAAAAAAGGAUCAAAUAGUGGCUGUACGGUAGGCCUUUGCCUAAAAGAAAGAAUACAGAUAAAAAAGGACUAAAUGAGGAUCACUCUAUUGGUUGGACCAUAGACUAUAGAACAGAGGACUAUAGAAUAGACAAUCCUCUUCGCCGCUUGAUAUACCUACUGGACAUAAUUUACACAAAUAUUUUAAAUCUUUAUUUGUUGAAUUCUUUUCAAUAAGUAAGUUUUCAUUUUAGCAUACUUAUUGAUAUAUGUACUACAAGACCGUCGUCCUUUUAACAAUAAUCCAAGAACCAUAAAUAUUGCCUAUUUUAUAUGAACUUUUUUAAAAUUAUGGAACAUGAGGGUAAAUUCAUAUUAUUUCCUGCUUCUUCUAGCGAAAUAUCUAGUGAAUAAAUACGUAGGUACGUUUACUAAAAUGUUAUAGUCGUGAUCUAGUCUCUUUUUAUUAAAAAAGUUACCUACCAAUUAAAAAAGUUAAGUCGUUGGCUAAGUCAGUCCCUUUUCUAAAAUUUUGAGAUCUUUAUAUAAGAUUAGAAAAACAAUAAUUUUAAGGGAUCUUUAGAAGUAAUGCAUUUACCCAAAAUGUAUAUGGGUGAAAAAUUUUCAAAAUAAGUAUUUAUACAUAUUUAUGACAAACAGCUGGUUUGAAACUAAUAUAUAUUAUUUAGGGUUAAUGUUCAUUUCCAUUAUAUAGGGUGGUUUAAAUUGUAAGUCCAAGAUCACGGGGAAGUACAAAACUUAAUUAUCGCUAGGUAAUUUUAAAAGUUCCUAUGUGUCAUCGAUAUAAAUCGUUAGAUGGGCCCCUCCAUACUAAAGAACGCACAAUUUUAUGUCAUUACCCAAAGACGUGCACGCACAUCUUAUCUUAACAACAAGCGCAUGCUGUGAGUGGACGUGGACUUUAAAAAAUAUUUACUGUUUUCUUUUUAAUUCCUUAAUUAUGCCUUCGUGUUCCUUUUGGAGGUGUAAAAACACAAGCUACAACGUGAAUAAAGAGAAAUGUGUAGCGAGUGAUGACGUACUCAAUGUGCGAAACCAAUGACAGUUCCGCGACGCUUUGAGGCCCAUCUAACGAUCUACGAUCGAUGCUAUGUGUCAUUAAAGUUGAAAAUGACGUAAAACAAUGAUAAUUUUACACUAUAGAUCGGUUACGUCCCUACAAAAUCAUCGCAAAAAGUGACCCGAAUAAUAGGCUACAACACUAAGCGCACACAUGCACAAUUUUGUCUUUUGAUUCAUAUUUUUAUGUAUAUAUAGUUUUUCCACUUUCUGAACACAUAACUCGACAUUGUAGACGAUAUUUAGGGAUUAUUUGUUUGAAUAACGUUUGUUGUUGACCACAACUAACAUUGAGUUGUGUAUAAAUUUUCUCUUUUGAGCGCCUCAUUUUUCAUGUGCUAAUAACACAUCUAACAGUAUUUAAUAUCAUUUGGACGUAAAAGUUAUAAAUAACCAUAAAUAAACGAGUCGGUACAAGGUAAAUAACAUAUUUAAAGGUAAAUCAAAAAAUCAAACCUUCUAUACAGUUUUAGUACAGACUCUUAAAUCUAUGGUUUUAUGUAGGUAUAUAAAGUGAAGAUUUAUUUUUCUUUCUGCAUCCACAGCCGUGAUCGAUUCCCGCAACUGGAAAUCGAACUUACUACCGUUUACAUUUUAUAAAAGUAUUUAUAUGUAAUUUAUAAAUAUAUUAGUAGCACACAGGUUAUAUGCUUACUAGUGAUGUGUGGUGAUCAUAGCUGGGCACCGUUAAUCAAAUAGUUUACUUCGUUAAUCGCUAAUCCGCUACAAAAAAAGUUAUCUUCGUUAAACAUUAAAGCGUUACAUUCCGGAAAAAUUAACGCAAGUUAACGUUAAUCGUUAAUCCGUUAAUAUGACUGGUUAAUAUUGCAUUUUUAUAUCAUUGUGUGAGAUCCCCAUUGGAAAAAUAAGGGUGAGCACUGGGGAAAACUGCCAUAAAUUGAUUUUAUCUAUAUAUAGUUAGGCAAAAUGUUAACUUCGUUAAUUAACGAUUAACGGAUUAACGAGUUAAUGCCCAGCUAUGGUGGUGAUGUGUGUAUUUAUUGAAUUAAUGAAUUAAUUUAUUGAUUCGAUUACAUUAUCAUUUCAAGUGUGCACUGUGCAAUUGCACAAGGAGGUUUUAACUGAAUAGUUCGACUGGUCAGAUAAAAUGAAAUUUUGAGCAUUUUCAACUUUCGUGGCCCAGCGUUGUGAUAUAUUAUUUAAUGAAUUUUAUAUCUGCUCUAUACAGCCUUUCUUGAUGAGUACUGUUUACCAAUAAACAAAUUAAAAAUGAGGGUAUAAAUCAAUAGUCAUUUCACACCUAAUAAUAAUUAUAAUUUAGUUCUUAAGUUAAUGAAAUUAAAUUUUAUUAAUAAGCUUAGAAAAUUAGAUAUGGUUAAUAUAUUUUCUAAACAAACAUUUAAAAUAAAUAAGUUAUAAACUGACAGGCGUAUUCUACUUUCUUUUUUAAUUUUUUUGUUGGUACUCACCAAGAAAGGCUAUAGUAUAAUUAUACUGUUGUAUAUAAAUAUACUAUUUUUAUAUAACACUUCAAAAGUACUUGUUAUAUGAACACUUUAAAAUUAUUAAAUAAAUGA